AUGACGUACUUGUCUGUUCCGUCGGGCGUCAUCAACGUAACGUCAAACGUCGUCCAGGGCGUCGCCCGGCCCGCGGCUUAUAACGAUACUGGUUGGGCUGAGAUCGUCGACGACGUUGGACUAGGAGGACGUCGCUGUAAGAAGACGAGGGUAGAGUCCUGCAAAGGUCUUAAAAGCAAUUGGAGCUUGACGGAAACGCCUCCAGAUUCGCCACACGAGCUCUGUAGUGCAGAAAGAAAACACUUUGCCUUCGUCAAAGUGCACAAAGCUGGUUCAACAACACCAUACACUGUCUUCCAGCGGUUCGGACGCAAACGCCAUCUGCAAUUUGUAUUGCCUAGCAACGAGAGAGUAGAUGUAGGUUGGCCGUACCUGAUGAAGAAGGAGGAUUACCUACAGCCCAUCCCCGGCCGGCCCUUCGACCUGCUGGUGGACCACACGGUGUACAACAGGGAGAUCUUCAGGAACCUGCUGCCCAACGACACCGUCUACCUGGCUAUAGUCAGGGAGCCUUACAGCCACCUUAAAUCGGUUUUAAACUGGUAUUCCUUGGUGCGAAAGUACGGACUACAGAAAACUGACCCGGUGGACGAUCUACUGAAGCAUCCAGGAGAGCUGGACAGGAAGUGGCUAGUCCCGCGUGAGCACAAACAGCCGUUCUCCUACACACGCAACUUCAUGUCGUACGACCUGGGGCUGCCCAUCGCUCUAGCCGAUGACGAGACGUACGUCCGUGACUACAUCGCCCAGUUGGACCGGGAUUUCCUGCUGGUGCUGGUGCUGGAGUACUUCGACGAGUCGCUAGUCCUGCUGAAGCGUUACAUGUGCUGGCAGCUGACAGACAUUCUCUACAAAAUACAGAACAGUCUAGAAUACGGAUAUAAGGAGGAAGAGCUGUCCCCUAAAAUGAAGAUGAUCCACAGGAACUGGAGCAGGGCUGACUACCUGAUCUAUGAACACUUCAACAGGACCUUGUGGGACAAAAUCGCACAUGAGGGGGAGGACUUCUUUAACGAGCUUGCGCGGUUCAAGGAGAUCAACCAAAUGACGACCCGAUUCUGUGACGUAACGGUCGUCAAGAACAGCACCGCAGACAAACGCUUCGGCGCUACCCGGUGGAACGACGAGUUCGUCAUUGAUGGCAAGUUCUGCGGAGUGCUGAACACCAGGCAUCUCCUCAGCCUGAAGAGGAUGCACGUAGAAAAGCUGAGAAACAAUGGGGUCAACAUGCCAUGGCCGAAAUGGCUGGGUCCGCCUCCGAAAAACCCUCCAGACAAGAAGCAACCCCAACCUCAGAACAAACCUGCAAAGAAGAAGCAAUCGAAAUCUCCAGCAAAGCGACCAGUCACGUUCAAACGUAUAAAAUCGUCUAAGAAAAGACGCCACUGAUUCAACGUUAGUUGAUAAGGACAGCGUUCUGUCACAAGUUUGAAAAUAUGUGCAGUAUGUCAGUAUGUGAUGUUGUCAACUUAAUACGACGUUGUUUGAAAAUG